AAGAAACGACAGACUUCAGUUCAUUAUCCGCUUCGAGAUGCAGAGCUCGACGUUCACCGUGGCUCCUCACGUGCUGGAGCAGGCGUACAAGGCCAUCCGGACGACGCCGCCGGAGCCCAAGGACUUGGAGCAGUCGGCUAAGCUUCAAACCUAUAUGGACGAGCACUUCCCGACCGAAUCGGAUGCCAACAUCACGCGUCGCUCGUUGAUCCUGGCCGAGCUUCGCUCCAUCUUCCGUGCCUGGGUCAAGCAGGUAUGUAUGGAGAAAGGCGUUCCCGAGGAAAUGGCAGCGGACGCUGGCGGCCAGAUCCUCGUCUCGGGCUCCUACAGACUCGGAGUCAACGAGCCUGGAGCUGAUAUCGAUACUAUCUGCGUGGCACCGCGCCACGUGACGCGCGAGGAUUUUUUCUCGUCACUCAAGGAGAUAUUCCUGAAACACCCCAAAGUCUCGCAGCUUGUAGCUAUCGAAGGCGCCAUUGUACCUCUCAUCACUUUUGACUACGAGGAGAUCAACAUCGAUUUACAGAUUGCCAUCUUGCCGAGGAACUCUAUCCCGGAAAACCUUAAUAUACUGGACGAUCACGUGCUUGUUGGCGUGGAUCCAGCUACGGAGAAGAGUCUCAACGGUCCUCGAGUCACGGAACUCAUGAUCAAGCUGACACCCAACCGGGAGAGCUUCAUCAGCGUGCUUCGAAUCGUCAGACGAUGGGCUAAACGACGCGGACUGUACUCGAACAAGAUGGGGUACCUUGGUGGUGUCAACUGGUGCAUCUUGGUGUGCUUCAUCAACCAGCUGUACCCGACGGCAGCCCCGUCCACUUUACUGCUGCGAUUUUUCAUGGUGCUGAACAACUGGAAGUGGCCGCUCGCCAUUCAAUUGUGCAAAACCCAUGACGCCAAGCUCGGUCUCGAGGUCUGGAACGCCAACGCAGGUCACAACCGCUACCAAGUGAUGCCGAUCUUGACUCCAGCAUACCCGUCGAUGAACUCUUCGUUUAACGUGUCGACACACAGUCUGACAGUGAUGAAGGAGGAGUUUAAGCGUGGUUUGACCAUUGUGCAGGACGUACUCAGCAAAGGAGGGUCGGAAUGGGGACCGCUGUUUGAACCGUCUGAAUUUUUCGCCGUCCACCAACACUACCUCGCGGUCGAGGUGUACACGGAGAAGCAGGAUGAGGAGCAGGCUUGGUGCAGUUUCUGCGAGUCUCGUAUGCGUAAACUGGUCGAGUCUUUGGCGUACAACCCGGCGUUGUGUCGCUUGCGUGUGUACACGAAGAAAUUUUCUCUGAGCUACGUCACCGCUGGCGAGGCUCCUGUCGGUGGACAAUCAAACGGCCAACCACCAGCCCAACCUAGCAAGUUCGGUGCCUGCUUCUACGUGGGCUUUGACAUUGACCGCCGCCAGCUACGCAGUCGUGAAGUGAGUAUCGACAGUUCCGUGGAAUACUUCAAAAACAACGAUCUUUAUCGCUGGAACAAACGAACGCCUACGAUGGAUGUGCGAGUUACUCCAGUCUUGUGGAAAGCGCUGCCCGAGAGUGUGUUUGAGGAAAUGGGCGGACGGACGGUUGCGCGUGCUGCUCGUCGUGAGUUCAUGAAGAAGAAAAAGGAAGAAGAGAAGAAAGCGGAGGAGGCUGCAGCUCCCAGUCCUUCGCCUUCAGGUGACGAGGGAACGCACUCCCAAGAAGAUGGAGAUGAUUUGACGUGCAGUCAGAAGGCUGCGUCACUUGCAACUGAGAUGGCCAACGGCAAGGGCAGCAUUUCGCAGCCAGGGAGUCCUGAUCCUGCAGCUGAUGGAGGCGAAGUGAACGGCACUGAUUCCGUCAACAACACACCGGUCAAGGCGAAGCAGGUGGUGUCCACGACAUCUCCGGAAAAGACAGGUAAGCGUGACCGUGAUGACAAGGCUGUGGAAGGAGUUGGUGGCUCGGACGGGAACCCGUUGAGUGACAACUCUGUCAAUACGUCGGCAAAUGGCGCGGCAGCUCGAGGGAUCACUUCGCCGCCUGUUAAGGUGGUGAAGAAGCCCUUGGAGAUGGCAGCGGCUCUUGCAGCCGUGUCGUCGCCGCGCAAGAGACGUAAAAUGAAAAUCACUUUUGCCAAACUGAAUUGAGCAGGUUGCAGUGGUGGCGUAUGGCAAAAAAAAAUGGCAUGCCAU